GUUUGAUAUAACGAACCUUCUUGCACGCUAACAAAAAAAAGCGAUAUAUUGAGAAUAAUUGUCUUUAAAAACAGUUGGAAAGCAUUAAAAUGUCCGAAAGCGAGGCUCCCAUAACGCUAACUAACGAUCAUGACAAGAGUUUGACUGAGAAUGGCGAGGAAACGGAGUUUGAUCCUCAGUUUAAACCGAUUGUUACUCUCCCUGAAGUUGAGGUUAAAUUGAAUGAGGAUGACGAAGAAGAAAUGCUUAAAAUACGUGCCAAACUGUACAGAUUUGAUUCUAACAGCGACCCAUCUGAAUGGAAGGAGAGAGGCACAGGUGAGUUAAAAAUGCUGAGGCACAAAGAAAAUAACUCGGUGAGAAUAGUAAUGAGAAGAGAUAAGACCUUUAAAAUAUGCGCCAAUCAUUUUUUGACGCCAUGGAUGGAGUUAAAGAAAAACCCCAGCACUGAUAGAGCCUACGUUUACACUGUUCCUGCUGAUUUUGCCGAUGAGAAGGCUAAAUCUGAAUGCCUGGCCAUUAAAUUUGGCAAUGUUGAAAACGCGAUUUUGUUUAAAACGAGAUUCGAAGAUGCGAAAAAAAUUUUGGCGACCGAUUGCGACCUGUACAACGGUAAGUGCGAUGAAAACGGGUCCUCUUCGGAAGACGAUGAAGAUGAAGCGGAAGUUAGCGACAAAGAGAACAAGGAGAGCAACGAGAUAACUCAGAAAAUGUCAGAGUUGGAGGUUAAAAAGGACGAGGAUGAAAAAAUAAAAAAUUGAGAUAUGACGUUAAGGAAUUGUUGUUUAUAUAUUUUUUUUUAAUUUUUAAUUUUAACGGCCAUUUUUUUUGGUCCCUUUUCUUUUGAUCCAAGUAACUUUUAAUAAAUGCAUUCCACGAGGGAUAUAAAAGUGCAUAUUUUUAUAUCUAUGUAUUAUAACUGUAUGCCAUUGAAUAUAUUGAAUAAUAAUAAA